CCCGAAUGCAACCCUGGCCAGGUGGCACAGAGAACGGUCACUCUGCUGGCCAUGCUGAGCUCAUACUCUGAUGGCUGUUGGAUGAGAUCGAGACUGGAUCCCCUCCCUUCUCCCACUUUACCAAUGCCUGAUCUCAUGGGGUUAGUUUGGACCCCACCACUAUGGCAUCAUCAACUUCCUUGCCAACUCCUCGUUCCAGGUCCAAGAAGCCUCUGGGCAAAAUGGCUGACUGGUUCAGGCAGGCCCUGUCGAGAAAGCCCACAAAGAUGCCCGUCUCCCCAGAAAGCACCCUCGGCGACGUUUCACAGCCGAGCUCCUCGGACAGGCCCCCACCCGUGGGCCCCAGCUCAGAGGUGUCUCCCACCCCGCCACCGACACCCUUGGGCGCCCACGGCAGCAGUAGCAGCAGCCGCGCCCGCUGGAGCAAGGACUAUGAUGUGUGCGUGUGUCACAGCGAGGAGGACCUGGCGGCCGCCCAGGAGCUGGUCUCCUACCUAGAAGGCAGCGAUGCCGGCCUGCGCUGCUUCUUGCAGCUUCGCGACGCAACCCCCGGCGGCGCCAUAGUGUCCGAGCUGUGCCAGGCGCUGAGCAACAGCCACUGUCGCGUGCUGCUUAUCACGCCGGGCUUCCUCCGGGACCCGUGGUGCAGGUACCAGAUGCUGCAGGCGCUGAGCGAGGCCCCCGGGGCGGAGGGCCGCACCAUCCCCCUGAUGUCAGGCCUCAGCAGAGCCGCCUACCCCGCCGAGCUCCGAUUCAUGUACUUCGUGGACGGCUGGGGUCCCGACGGUGGCUUUCGCCAAGUCAAGGAGGCUGUCACGCGGUAUCUGCAGACCCUCAGCUGACACUUCUUACAUCAACACGGAUGCAGACAGUUGGAGCAAAGCUGGAAAUGCAGUGAGAGGGCCUAGGACCUUGGAUUCCAGCAGAUGUGCCCAGUUGUAAGGAGUAAGUUUGCAGCACGUUGUAUGUGACCCUGGGAUCAGAUAGUCCGUGGCCUCCAUAACCGUGGGCUCCCAGGAAGGCCCUGGGGAAGCUGGGGCCUCCCCCAGGGAGGCCUGGAGAAGCUGGGGCCUCCCCCAGGGAGGCCUGGAGAAGCUGGGGCCUCCCCCAGGAAGGCUGUGAGGGAGCUGGGGACUCCCCCAGCAAGGCCUGGGGAAGCCAGAAAGUGGAGGUGGAAGGAAGUGCUGAUACCAAGACAUCACCCACGUGUUGCCUCCUGUGUGGCUGGACGUGAAGCCUGGCAUAUCGUGCCUAUGUCUUCUUCCCCUGGAAUCAGGCGCUGGUGUCUAGGUGCCUUCCUCCUGAAGAGGUGACUCACCUGAGUAGGGAGCUGGAAGCCCGGACUGCUCGCCUCAGCUGGGUGCUUUUCCCAGUUGCCUGGGGAAGCCCUGAGCAGGUGUCAGGACAGAACAACAGGUAUAGCGUCUCUCACACUCACGCUCUCGCCGGCGUCUCCCAGUGCGCCGUUCACUUCCGAAAGUUGCGUGGAAGAUGCCCUCGGCACACCUACAGAACAGAUACUGUCCUGUAUUCGUUUUACUGCAGGCCUGUCAUUAAAGACUCACACCUAGAAAGGAGUCCGAAUAGACAGAAGAGGGGAGGGAGCAGGUGGGGUGAAGAGAAGGAAAGCUCAGACCCUUUAGCCGGGAUCAAGAGCCCACCCACCAAUGCUCUGACAUAUGGGGACCUCAUCAGGCGUCUGGCCAGAACUCCUGCUUUUACAGUAGUUCCUGCACCUCUGCACUCACAGGAAUCAGCGUAUUUCUUCUGGCAGAUGAUUGUCUACCUUGUAGGACAGGCAGAGUUUUAUUUAUCUGUUCUCAGUAAAACUUGGUUGUUAAACUGAAAUGAAUUUAUGAUUCCCCUGAUGUGUACUUUUGUGUCUCUUCUCCCACUUCCCCCACCACAUCUCCUCCUUUUACUGAAAAAAAUGUGUAUAU